AACAAAAAAAACCUUCCAUUUAUCUUUACCCCCAGCCACUAAACCCAAAACCUUCGCAGUUCCAUUUUAAUGGCUGAUAAAAUGGCUCUCCCUCUUCUCCUCCCUAACCCACCUCCCUCCUCCUCUAAACCCUUCUUCCCCAACCACCACCAAACCCAAAACCCCUCUCAGCCACCACCAUUACCACCACCUCCACCACCACCCAUCACCCCAAUUCUCCAAGAGCUCCUCCUCCACCCAAACCCCUCAACCCCUCAAUCCCAACACCCUUCUUGUCGCAGAACCCGCACGCGCAUCGGCCGCUCGCGUGACUCCAACCGCGGCAAGCCCUGGUCCCACCACCGCCUCUCCUCCCAAGGUCAGCACAUCCUAGACUCCUUAAUCAACUCACCCUUUGACUCCUCUAAGCUAGAUGAACAGCUUCACAGUCUAGUUGAGUUGCAUAGAGUUGAGUUUGGGUCUAACACGGACUCUUUGUCUUUGGAUGUUCUGGGUAUUGUCAAAGGCUUAGCCUUUCACAAGAAAUUUGAGUUGGCUGUGAGUGUGUUUGAGUGGUUUAAGAAACGUGAUGACUGUGAGUCCAUUUUGAGUGGUUCUGUUGUUUCUGUGGUUAUUAGCAUUCUUGGUAAGAUGGGCCGGGUUUCGAGUGCUGCUUCUUUGUUUAGAAGUUUACAUAAGGAUGGGUUUGCUCUUGAUGUUUAUGCUUACACUUCUUUGAUUACUGCUUGUGCUAGUAAUGGGAGGUAUAGGGAGGCUGUUUCGGUUUUUAAGAAAAUGGAGGAAGAGGGUUGCAAGCCCACUUUGAUAACUUACAAUGUGGUUUUGAAUGUGUAUGGGAAAAUGGGCACUCCUUGGCAUAAGAUUAAAGCUAUUGUUGAGGGUAUGAAGAGUGCCGGGAUUGCCCCGGAUUCUUAUACUUAUAACACGCUGAUAACUUGUUGUCGGCGGGGGUCUUUGUAUGUAGAGGCGGCUGAGGUUUUUGAGGAGAUGAAAGCAGCGGGGUUUGCACCUGAUAAGGUUACGUAUAAUGCGUUGUUGGAUGUUUAUGGGAAGUCUCGGCGGACUAAGGAAGCAAUGGAGGUGUUGAAAGAUAUGGAGCUUAAUGGGUUUUCUCCAAGCAUUGUGUCUUACAAUUCGUUGAUAUCAGCUUAUGCAAGAGAUGGUUUAUUGGAGGAAGCAAUGGCCCUGAAAACCCAGAUGGUGGAAAGGGGGAUUAAACCUGAUGUUUUUACCUACACCACCCUUUUCUCGGGAUAUGAGAAGGCUGGGAAGGAUGAGGCUGCAAUGAGGGUUUUUGACGAGAUGAAAGGUUCUGGCUGCAAGCCAAACAUUUGUACCUUUAAUGCCCUUAUUAAGAUGCACGGUAACAGGGGAAAGUUCACAGAAAUGAUGAAUGUUCUUGAAGAGAUCAACACAUGUAAGUGCAGCCCGGAUAUUGUUACUUGGAAUACACUUUUGGCAGUGUUUGGCCAAAACGGGAUGGACUCAGAAGUGUCGGGAGUGUUCAGAGAGAUGAAGAGGGCAGGAUUUGUUCCUGAGAGGGAUACUUUUAACACUCUAAUCAGUGCAUACAGCCGAUGUGGUUCUUUUGACCAAGCUGUGGAGGUGUAUAAGAGUAUGCAAGAAGCGGGAAUUACUCCAGACCUUUCCUCAUAUAAUGCUGUUUUAGCAGCAUUGGCUCGAGGUGGGCUUUGGGAACAGUCUGAGAAAAUACUUGCUGAAAUGAAGAAUGGUCGUUGCAAACCCAAUGAGCUUACGUAUAGUUCUCUUCUCCAUGCUUAUGCCAAUGGGAAAGAAAUGGAACGCAUGCAUAUUCUGGCUGAAGAAAUAUACUCUGCUGUAAUUGAACCCCAUGCUGUGGUCUUAAAGACACUUGUUCUAGUUUUUAGUAAAAGCGACCUCUUGUUGGAAACAGAACAUGCCUUCUUGGAACUGAGAAAGAAAGGGUUUUCACCUGACAUAACUACGCUGAAUGCCAUGUUAUCAAUAUAUGGUCGGAGGCAGAUGGUUUCAAAAGCAAGUGAGAUCUUGAGAUUCAUGAAUGAGAUGGGCUACACUCCUAGCUUGACAACUUACAAUAGUGUGAUGUACAUGUACAGUCGCUCUGAAGAUUUUGAGAAAUCGGAAACUUUUCUAAGGGAGAUUAUGGAGAAGGGAAUAAAGCCGGAUAUAAUUUCCUACAAUACUGUUAUCUAUGCUUAUUGUAGAAAUGGUCGUAUGAGAGACGCUUCCCGGAUAUUCUCAGAGAUGAGUGCUUCCGGGAUUGCUCCAGAUGUAAUCACUUACAACACCUUUGUGGCAAGUUAUGCAGCCGAUUCAUUGUUUGUCGAAGCCAUUGAUGUGGUCCGGUACAUGAUCAAGCAUGGAUGUAAACCCAACCAGAACACAUACAACUCCAUUGUAGAUUGGUACUGCAAGCACAAUCGACAAGACGAGGGAAAGAAGUUUGUUGACAACCUUCGCAAUCUUGAUCCACAUAUUGCUAAGGGGGAGGAAUGCAGAUUAUUAGACCGUAUUAGAAAUAAAUGGUCAUAGUUAAGUUUCCUCCAUGAAUGGGUUGGCAUGUUUUUAGCCAUAGAUACUUCCAUACAUCAAGUCCUUCCGCACCUCCUUUUAUGCUCAUGUUGUAUCCUGUUUGGGCAUGGAGACGAGAAUAGGUCAUGUGAAAUGUUAUUGUUCUCUGGAAGGCAGUAGCUGCAGGAUAUUGUGAAUAUGUUGUUGUAUACGAUUUUGUUCAAUAUAUAAAGUCUGCGGCAGAUGCUGUAUAGAUCAGCUGAGAUGAAGUAGUGGGAUGCUGAAUAACUACUUCAAGGUAUGUACAAUUCUCUUCAUCAAUCUUAGAUUGCCAAUAUCUGCAGUUUACCUGUGGUUGCUGUAGGAUGUAGCUUGUUUAUAUUGGUAUCUGAUAGUUAUAUUGUGCUGCAGUAUCUGAUCAAUGUAACAAAUCAAUGAAAUCAUUGCAUGACCCUUAUAUAAGAGAAGUUUUUUAACAUUUCUAUUUGCUCUUGUCUGAUGAGUUUGACCGAUGGUUGUGAGAAGAAGUAUGGUGGCUUAACUAGAUAAUCAUAAGCAUUCAUCUCCAUCAUUUGCAUAAUUGCAAGUAAUUUGGCAUAUUGCUAUCGAUGAAAAACUUAUGCAUAUCUUGGCCACGUAACUAAAACUUAUGCAUUUCAUCAAAAAAAAACUAAAACUUAUGCAUAUCUUGGUCACGUAACAAAGAGAAUACAAACACGCAAUUCAAAGCAAACUUGCUUGACCAGGUGAAUGCUGAUGUAUGUAGUUUCUGAUAAGAGUCGACUUCAUAUUAUAUUAUGGAAAGAAGAACCAUGAAAUGAAUCAAUAUUCAAUCACUAUUUAUUUAUUUAUUUUUUAAUAUCAAGUUUCUUAACAUCAAGGGGAGGGGGAUUCUUACUUUGAAUUUUGCUGGGGAUUGUGUAAGAUAUCGGCAUCCUCAUCUAUCAGCACAAUUUUCUUUCAAUAAUACCAUAUAAAAUUGCUCUCUUGUCACACAGAGAAAUCAUACUACGCCAAUUCUGAAGUCACAUCUAAAUUGAGUUUGAACUCUUUGAUAUUUUCUCCCCUUGUUCUCCGUAUUACGGAUCACAUUUCCUUAACUGCAAGUCAUGACUCAUCACGUUCUUACCUCAUCAACCACCAGUCUGGACAACCCAACGUCCACUAAAUCCAAAUCCAAACGCCAGCGAAGCAAAACGGAACCACCCAAGCAUGAAUUGCACGCAGAAAAAAGAUAAUCAUUCACCAAAAUCUCCAUAGGAGCUGCAAAG